AUGUCGAUUGGCACGGACUCUCAGUCAAGCUCCCGCGACCUCUCCUCGUCAAUCUCGUCCCUCAACCAGUCGAGCAAGCGGACGUCAUCCGAGAUCUCCAAAAUCUACAAGCAUGCCUCGCAACUGUUUCUCACCCGUCGACUGCUGGAGGCAUACGAAGUCCUGCAGCCUGUGAUCACCCCUCCAAGCCAGAAAAGACCAGACGAGAGCCCGGCUCUGGCACCCAUUGCGACCGCGACCACCAGUCAGCGCAUCAAGAUCUGGAGCUUGUAUGUCACGCUCUUAAACUCCAUUGUCGAUCUUGGGUACGAAGAGGGGAAACAGUUGUUCGGGUCAAAAGAAUACAGAGAGAUUGUUAGGCGCGUGCAGAAUGGCGAGGUGUGGGAACAGGUUAUCAAGGAUGGCUACCAGGGUAGAGAGGGCUCAGUUGAUUCUGAGGUUGUCUAUAAUUUAUCAAACCUUCUCCUUGGACAGGCCGCAGACCAGAAACUCAAUCAAUCCCGUCUAGAAGCCUAUUUCUCGUCGUCUUCACAUCCUGAUCUCGACCUCUCGAGCCACCUCGACCAUGCCUUGAGCAAUGGCCACCAACCAUCGACGGGAUUGAAUGGUGCCAACACCCCCAAAGACCUCACCUCGCGCAUAAAAGUCCUUGAACUUUUUACGCUGCACGUUUUGCCCAGAAACAGUGAGUGGGAUUACGCGAAGAGUCUUAUUUCAAACAGUGAUAUUUUGGAUGAGGAGAGACGGGAAGCAUUUAUGCAGACCCUACAAGAACUUCAAGACGUUACGGAAAGGGAAUCUAGCCUUGUUGCCGAGGAGGACGUCUUCGAGGACACAGAGGAACAGCCAUCACAGGAAGAAGGUACUGGCCCCACUGGCACCACGGCCGAAAUUUCUUCUCCAUCCCAAACUGGCGCGUCCAAGCACCAACGGACAAGCAGCGAGGUUGACUAUGGGAUUGAACGGGCACAUCCAAACGGCGGCGCGCAUGCUGCUGCAAAACAGAACACAAUAUCAACCGUCUCAUCUUCGAAUCUCCCUCCUCAACCUGUUCUGACACCACAAUCUCCUCCGCCACCUGGCCCCUCGAGUUCUUCAAUACACGGCCGCACCCACUUCUCGCCUCCCGCGCAAACUCCACGUCGUCCACCUACACGAAAGAAUUCUUCCAAAUCUUCCUCCUCACAGAACGUGUUAGCAGCACAAGCCCGUCAACUCUUCCUUGCCCUCUCAAAUCUGGUUCGUAAUCUCGCCACAACCCUACAAAAGAAUCCCACGGCAAUGCUGCGAUUUUUGCUUUUUGUGCUGGCAUUUGUAAUAGCAUUUUCUCAGAAGCAGAUUAGGGAGAAGACACGAGAAGUAGCGAGGAGGGCAUGGGAGAAGUUGCGGCGAACCGUUGGGAUGGGGGUUAAGGUUAGUUAUAUCUGA